AUGAACGCAGCGAAUGCGCUAGCUCCUUGGUCUGUGCAGCAAAUUUUUCCUUCUCUUGAGGUUAGCGUGAAAUAUCGUGCAGAUUUGCUUGCCACAGCGAGUCGUCUACCGGAUGUCGCUUCACGUACUUUGUUAUGCCCUCUUUUUCAUCACCGCUUGCUUCACCACUUUGCUCAGUCUUCUGUCUUUGGUGUACUUUCUUCAAUGUGUAGUCAUGCACUGACGCAGCAAAGACUCCAUGAAGAGACUACUGGUAAUGGCUUUAAUGGGGCUAAAAACAACGGCUAUGCUACCGAAGACGAAGUAAAGUUUGCUGCCACAAUCACGAGCAGUUUAUUGGAAGAUUCAAUGAUAAAUUUAGAUGCUGCGUUGCUUCCAAUCAUUGGUAAUUCACAAGGCCAUUUACUGACUAUUUUAAAAAAACGGCUGCGUGAAACGGAAGAAAGUUCUCUUGGUGUAAAAUUUCAUGAAAAAUCCACACUAUCCAUGUCUACUCAAAGGAAAAUAACUUUUGUACCUCGAAGAAAAACGAUGGAAAAGGUUUUAGAUCAGGCGAAUUUACCUCGACGGCACAUUUUUUCAAAAAAAUUGGCUUCAUUAACUAACGUGGCACAAAGUGCGGAUGCUUGCGAACGUCGUGAAUUGUUAGGAAAUCUGGGAGAUACUCCAGUUCCGUUUCAAGUGCGAUCACGUGAGGAGGUGAGGCAACAAUUAAGAGGACAAAAGGCUUUUGAGACAAGUAUGACGGUAGUUCUUUCAGAUCAUGCAGUGCCGUUACCGCUUUGGAAGCGACGGCGGAAUGAGGUAGAAGAAAUCACCGAAAACGAAGGCUUUACUGCUCCACCAACAGCAGCUUCUUCCACAGCACUGAAUUCCCCACAAGAGUCUUUUGUAAAUGCAACAUGGGUAAAGGAGGGUGAACUUUUGCUGGUCAAUGGUUGCCUUAUUCAUCGUGAUACAAAGAGAAUAGUUGAACCCUCCGCCAAGAAGGAGAAAAUUUGUGCUUUGGAGAGAGGAGAAAUAGGCUCCAUGGAAACCCCAGAAACGACAACAUCCGUUAAAAAAAAGACAACCGCGGAGUCUGAGUGUAAAAAGAGGACAGCGAAAGUUGCGUGUGGUUCUUUUGCUUCUGGACGAAUCGGUACUGUGAACACCCAAGGCGUGCCACUAAUGUCCAGGGAGGAAAUUUUGGCUUUGGUGAAUUCUCUUCAAAUCUCCGAUGCUCUAAGGGGAGCCUUCUUGAUUGGGUUAAAUGGUGAUGAUAACUCGAAAAUAAAAAAAUGA